AUGGCUCCGAGGAAGAGAGACACGAAGGCGGUAGAGAGGUCCCGUGCGGCAGAACCACGACGUUCGGGUCGUGCUGCUGCUAGUUCUGCCAAUGUAGCAGAACAGUCGGGUCUCGCCAUGUCGACCCCGAAAUCUGAAACGAGCUCACGAGCCCGAACCCCAAGAAGGCCCGCCGUUAGAGGGAAAUGGAGCGAGGAGCAGCUAUUGACUAGCGACAAGUCCCUCCUCGUUGACUUAGAUCUAGUGAAACUGCUCGCACGACCUGAAGCAUGGAACUGCCUUGAGGAAAGCGAUAAGCGCGAUAUCCUCGCUCUACUCCCUCCAGAUGUUCACCCGGAGGCACAAGCUACAUCAGAUGACCCAGAUGCAAAGAUACAACCCAUACCCGACUCUUUUAUUCGCUAUUCAAACAACUGGCGCGACGGCGUUCGACAAUUCCAGCUCGAUCUCCAAAACGGCCGCUACGACCCGGAAUGGCUACACCAGGCGCAGGAAGCCAGGGAGCGGCGCGAAAACGGCGAAUUUGAUGACUUCAAAGAGCGCGAAUAUGAGCAGUUCUGGGGACAAAAGCAGAGAGUCGAUUCGCAUGCACCUGCUGGAGAAAGUGCGCGUGUGAAGAUGGGAACUCUUCUCGAUGAAGGUGUCAUUCAAUUGGGCGACAUCUGGAAAUUCUACUAUGUUUACGGUAGAGGUCCCGGCAGGGUUGUUAUCGAAAAGGAAGUCAGGGUUCUUGGCCGUAAUGGGGUGAAAUUGACUUUUGCUAUUCCACCUGGUGAACGAGUCUUUCUUCGCAGCAAUUUCGAUAAAGCAGAGCCAGUUUCAACACCAGAGAAGGGGGAGGAAGAUGCGAAAGUCGAUUUCGAUACACCGCCAGAGCCAGUGGCAUCAUCUUGGAGUGAUAAACAGUCGAAAUACGAGGACCCAGAGUCAAAGCUCAUCAAUGCAACCUCCAAUGGCGAUCAGAUGAAGCUUGGCACCGAUCAAGCGCCACAGGAGGUUCCUCCACCUUCCAACGACGAGGUAAAUCUCGAAAUCGAUCAAGCGCCACAAGAGAUCCCUGCUUCUUCCAAUGACGAGGAAAUAAAGCUUGACAAUAGACAAGCGCCACAUGAGAUCCCUACAUCUUCCACUGACGAGAUGAAUCUUGAGACCGAGACCGUCACACAUCUAGCCGUUCCGCCUUCAAAUGUGGAAAAGAGCCAGCAAGAAAUCCCAUUCAGCGUUAUUAUUUUCAGCCCCGGUGGUACUCGAAAUCAAAAACCCAAGCGCACAAUUCCCGAGCCCGAACCUCAGCCCCCAGUAAAACGCAAGCGAGGACGACCACGCAAAAACCCACCAAAGCAACCCAAAACGGAGCCGCCCCGAGAGGCGGAGAUGUCUCAGGAAAUAGCAGUGUCCCAACGGUAUGAUCCUUUCAUGGACAUUGUUGCUGCAAAAAUUGAAGAAAACUGCAAAGCUGCAGCAGAAGCCUCCCACCCAAAGCCCUCGCAGCCAGAAUCCCCUUUGUCGGUGCUUUCUUCAACCCCUGAACUCCCAGAGCUCCUUGCGCUAGAGUUAUCUACAUCAGUAGAGGAGUCAUCCAUUGCCAAUACCAACGGCAAAGGUGAUCAAGCGGAAUUAUUGGAAUUAUCCCCGGCUCAGUUCGAUACACCUACGGACAGCGUCGAGGCACUCGCUGAAGCUAAGCAGGACGAAAUCAAUAAACCCCCAAAUACCGAACAACAGAAAGACCCCGUACCAGCUCCAUCUCAAACCACUACCAAUGAGCCGGAUGAGAUCAUUGUUCACAACCUCCCUUCUCCACAGGCACUCGUCCAUAAGAUUCUACAAAUCGAUGGCCGCAUGCCAAACGGCCGUACGGCGAAUGCCUGGAAGGAAAUCCGGUGCUACCGAAACAACCAGGAUAUGGGCAGUCUCUUUGACGUGCGAGAGACUUGGUUCCUCCAGCAUGGACGACUUGAGUAG